GUUGUUGAAAGACUGUCGCUGCCGUAUCAGUGAGAAGGUAAAGAAAGGAACGCGAGGCUAUCGGGGUUAACUGGACUGCGGUUAACUUGCUAGUGUGAAUGACGCUUUAGCAGUUUCUCACAGGUAGGUUAUAUCAUAUUACCACAUGCAGGUAGAUCUAUUUUCCCCCGACUGUCUCAUUUGCACAAGAAGGGCAUCACGUCUUAAAUAUGGAUUGGCGUACAUGUAGGCCUACUAGUAGGCCUACUUGCAUGUGAAGAUCGAACUAAACCUGACUUCAAACUAUGCCAAACGCACUGUGAUCAGUAGGACAUCGCUUAGGAGCAGGAAUGCAACUGAUAAAGUAGUUGGUCACAAGUAGGUCAUGGCAAAUACAUGUAGGCCUACAUCGUGUUUUACCGCAUACAAGUAUUUUAACCCAACUGUUGCAUUCGCACAAGAGAGGUUUCAUGUCUCUAGUUAGCAUGCCGAUCGAAGUUCGUCUAUAUUUCUGAACUGAAGCAUUGCACAUGGACGACAAAGGCGGACUGGACUGUCUGAAGCUUAAGAGAGGUGGAAGCCUCCCAGUUCUUUACGCAAGAGGAACGCACUAUGAAGUUGGAUAUCAAGUGGGUAGAGUAUUUAAAAGCCUCAUUCAAGACUAUGUCGAAAGGGACGGAUUUCUUCAGAAAACGUUGGUGCCAUAUUACAAUACCGCGGAUGGCAACAGGGUGUUCCAGAGAUACCUUCACGCCUCUGAGACGGUUUAUCCACAGUACAUUGAGGAACUGAGGGGGAUUGCAGAUGGCGCACAAUUGGACUUCAAUCAGGUAUGAUGAAGAACAAACAGAUGCACAAAUAAAUAAAAUGCAUGAUCUACAAAGGUACAUGUACGCGUGCUUACGAUGAAAAACAAAACUACAAACAAGCUAUCGUUUGUGGGACAAGAGAUACAGUACAACACUACUACAGUCCACUGUACAAUACAAUACACUUAGCUGUACUACACUACAAGACAAAAUAUUACAACUCACUACAAAAGGUGCAU